AAAUAGGAAGUGAGUUCGGAGAGGCCAGUCUAGCGGUAGGCUACUUGUCUAUUCACAUCCACUAAUAUAGACGGGAAUACAAAAAAAGGAGGGAUCGUCAUUUAUUUCCAAAUAAAUCUCAAAAUAUUCACAUGGAAAGGCACGGAUCCAGACACAGAAAAGAAAAGAAAGCGGCUGGAGACGGUUGGAGAGGACAUUAACGAGAUUUGAUCACAUCACUGUGACACCGUCACCACACAAAUAUACACCAGAAGAUCAUCUUUAUUCAUUGGAAUCAAAACGUAAAUUCGCCAACAUGGUCAACCACGACUCCGAGUACCUGGAGUACACGAUCGUUGCUCCAGAGAUGCCAGCAAUGUUUGAUGGCAUGAAGCUGGCAGCGGUUGCCACAGUGCUCUAUAUUAUUGUCCGCUGCCUGAACCUCAAGAGCCCCACUGCCGCCCCAGACAUCACAUACCAGGACACGCCCCUCAACCGCUUCCUCCUGAAGUCCUGCCCCAUCCUGACCAAAGAGUACAUUCCUCCCCUGCUGUGGGGAAAAAGUGGGCAUCUCCAGACAGCUCUGUAUGGGAAGAUGGGGCGAGUGAGCUCCCCUCACCCAAUGGGCCUCAGGAAAUACCUCCCCAUGCAGGAUGGGGCUACAGCCACCUUUGACCUCUUUGAACCCAUGGGAGAUCAUCGAACAGGAGAUGAUGUCACCAUGGUGAUAUGCCCAGGGAUUGGUAACCAUAGUGAGAAGCACUACAUCCGUACCUUUGUGGAUCACUCUCAGAGGCAAGGCUACAGGUGUGCCGUGCUUAACCACUUGGGUGCUCUGCCCAACAUUGAGCUCACUUCGCCGCGCAUGUUUACCUAUGGUUGCACGUGGGAGUUUGCUGCCAUGGUGGGCUACAUCAAGAAGCUGUACCCCCACACCCACCUGAUAGUGGUUGGCUUCAGCCUGGGCGGCAACAUUGUGUGCAAGUUCCUCGGAGAGAAUCGAGCCAAUCAGGAGAGAGUGCUGUGCUGUGUCAGUGUCUGCCAGGGAUACAGUGCACUCAGGGCCCAGGAGACGUUCCUGCAGUGGGACCAAUGCAGGCGCUUCUAUAACUUUCUCAUGGCAGACAACAUGAAGAAGAUCAUCCUUUCACACAGAGGCAGUCUCUUUGGAGGAUCAACCAAGAUGGAGGACGCAGACCUGAGCCGGCUGUACACGGCCACCUCCCUCAUGCAGAUUGAUGAAACCAUCAUGAGGAAAUUCCAUGGACACAAUUCCCUCAAAGAAUACUACGAGAAGGAGAGUUGUGUACAUUUUAUUCACAAUGUUGAUGUGCCACUUCUGCUGGUGAACUCUGCGGACGAUCCUCUGGUGCACGGAUCCCUCCUGACCAUCCCCCGCACUCUGGCAGAGAAGAAGCAGAAUGUGAUCUUUGCCUUGACACUGCACGGCGGUCACCUGGGCUUCUUCGAGGGGGCCGUGCUUGUCCCCCAGCCUCUCACCUGGAUGGACAAGGUGAUCGUGGGCUAUGCCAACGCCAUGUGCCAGUGGGAGAAACAGAAACCACCAUGCCAACAGAGUGGCCACCAGAAUGCCCCCUGCCCAGAGGAGAAGGCAGCAUAACCUCUAACAUCUCUCUGUUCACCUCUGUCCCCUCCCUCCCUACUCACGCACUGAUGGAAAACAUGAAUCAAAUUUCAACUACCACACUCUGUCUACUCUCACUGCUGUUCUCUGGCACUGGCAUCCUGUCUCAUCCCUCCCCUCUGCUUCCUUGAUGCCCGUACCCACAUAGCCUCUACUCCUACUACCACUGUCUGCCACCCUCUAACCAAAACCGACAUCCACAUGAAGGAACUAAAAUGACUUAAUGCUUUUGUGCUUUGUCUAGUGGAGUGGGAGAAGAGUUUUUUUGGCCCUGAUGCGUAACUUGCCCAGAGAGAUUUCUGAGAUCCAGCUGUGGACUUUGACCAAAUACACACUGUAAAAGGGAUAAAGCCAACUGGCAUCAUAUGACUAGAGAAAGAGUGGGAGAGAGACAGAG